AUGCCUCCGCAUGGUGCACACAGAGUGAACAGUAUUGAAGGGGUAGAAGCUGAAGAUUUGGUUGUCAGUGUGGAUGAUGUUCAGACUUCUUUGUUUGUGGUAAAGGGCCGUUUAUUGAAUGGAGGUGUUUACCCGGGCUGUGAUCAGGGCUGUGUUGAUUGUGCCGAAUCUGAGAACGGUUGUAAUCAGUUGAAGGCUGGACGUCGCCAGAGGGUUGUUAGUGCACCUACAACAAGUGGUACCCCUGUUACCAUCUCUGCUCCUGUAACCGUCAGUACUCCAACUACUAUUGUUGCUCCGGUCAGAAGGGCUGUUGACAGUAGGGCUGUACCAUGGAGAUAUGAUAAUGCUUACCACAGCAAUCGAAGGGCUGAGAGUCAGGUAGUGCUUGAUCAACAAGAGAAACCUGGCUCUGAUACUGAAAUUGACCAUAAACCUGAAGUUUCAAGUGGAGUACAUGAUUAUAUUAUUGUAUGUGACAGAGAGCCCCAUUCAACCAAGUCGCCGGAAAGAUAUAUGUAUGAAGACUUGGCAGCCUAUCCAUUUCUUACUAGUUAUAGAGACCUGUUCGCUGUGAAAUUUGGCGAACAACCUCUGCUUUUCACAUUUUCUGAGAAAUCUUCUUCAGUUGUUUCAGCAAUGGCGCCUCAAAAACCCUCAAGCAGUAAACACUCCAAGAAGAAACAAGACUCAUCUUUUCCUCCUGCGCAUGAUUUAAAAGGGCCAAUGACCAUUGGAAAUCAACAGUAUGUUCCGGAACCUCCAAACGAAAAGGAAAAAGACUGCAUUUAUAAAUCUCAGAUCCCUGCUAAGAAAGCUGUUGUCGAAGCAUCGCCCAGUACUGCUAAAAAGCCUUCGACAAAGAAAAAGAAUGAAGAGGGGAAAGAAGAGGAUAAAGUCCCUAAUGAAGAGUCUGGUGAUGAAUCUCCAGAGUUAAUCCCUCCCCCUCAGAAGAAAAAGAAACUCAUGAAGGUCUCUUCCCAAAGGUCCAUUGCUAACCCAAUCAGGAAGGAUCCUGCCAGUGCUUCUCCUGCCAAGCCUCCGUCGAAAGAUAUGGGGAGUGGGAAAUCCAGUUUUAAUACUGAAAUUCCUGAGGAACAAGUGGUUGUCGAAAAAACGCCUGAGAAAAUUCUGGAGGAAAUAGCCCCAGAGGCAGAUGUCUCCACAAGUGACCAUGAUAUGCAAACCGUAGGAGAGUUCGACACCACGGUGGGUGAAGCCUCUGAAGACGAGUCUCCUCCUCAUCCAGGAUUACAUGCUGCACCUCAGGGUGAUGAUAUUGAAAUGGAGGUUGUGGUCGAAGAUACUCCUGGAGAUGAAGCUGCCAGAGAUGGGGACAAUCAGUCGAAACGAACAGAGGUCGAGCAUACUUCGACGCGAAACGCUCCACCUGCUCCUGAUCGGGUCCAAGGGAGUAGCAAAUCGACUGGUUCGACCAGUUUCUCUCGCGAGGAGCUUGAAAAUCUCAAAGUGCAAAGACCUUUGGAGUAUCUGAAAGCCAUGCUUAGCACCCGUUUCAAUUUCCAGGAUUCUUCUCAGAGUAGUUCGACCACUUCUGGGGCAACUUCUGAAGCACCAUCACUUGGCAGCCUCCUGACCAAGAUCAAAAUGAAAAUCCUUGAUGUCGAUUUGUUUAAAGUCUUGGAAGAGGAUUCCCUUGCUCAAAUUAGUCUUAAGAAACUUUUGAAGCAACUUUCUGAAACGUAUGUCGAAGAAGUCGCUGCUUGUAAUGACAAUAUUCAAAAAUGGAAAACACAGAUAGCAGCCCUUCAAGAAAAAAUCUCUCAAGAGGAGAAACGUAAGGCAUCCAUUCAGCAAACCAAACAAAGCGAGAUUGACGAAGAAUUGAGGUUACAUGGUGUAAAUCAACUGAAAAUCAUAUUGGAAAAGGAGUUUAACAUGAAAGAAUUAGGCGCUGCUAAGAAGAUUCUUAAUGAUGUCCUUGAGAAGGUUUUCAAUCGAGAGUGCUUCGAGGAUAUCAUAAUCUUACUCUUCUAG